AUGUUCCGCACCGCGCGGAUAGCAUCGCGCGCGUGGAACGCGCCGUGCGCGCGCGGGAUGUGCGCUGGUCCGUCCGUCGGCGAGCGCGACGGUCGCGACGGCGAUGACGCGUCGCCGUCCAGUCGCGACGAAGAACCCAGCGAGACGCGGCGCGAUCCGCCCGCGGGUGCGCCUCGCGUCCUCCUCGAUUUCCUCGUCCGCGACCGCGAUGCCCUCCCUCGUUCGCCGUUCUCAUCGUCCCCUCCCUUCGCGUCGCCCCCGCGCGAUCCAGGCGCGAGCGAGACCGAGGCGUCCGCGUCGACGGACGACGGCGCGAAGCUCGGUCCGGACGGCAAGCCGUGGGUGCCCCCCGAGGAGAUCGCGUCCGUCGCGUUCGGUUCGCCCGUGCGUUACCCGCUCACGCGCGGGGAUAAGUCGCGAGGGUACCCGAAGAUGAACGUCGCGGAGAUGUGCGCGGAGAUCCGGGGGCGGAUAUCGGCGAAGCAGAUGCCCGGCGAGCGGCACCUGCAGCAGCUCGUGGACAAGGUGACGACCAAGGAAGAAGCCUCCGCGGCGGCGGAGACGAUAGCGCAGUUUCAUCACGCGCGCGUGCGGGAUCCAAAGUUUGGCGCGAAGAGCCGGCUGUCCGGACAGUCCAUGAACAUGUUCGUGAGCGCGUGCGAGCGCUCGGGGAACGUGACCGCCGCGGUGGAGGCGUUAGAGAUGCACAACGCGCUCGGGUUUAGGCUCACGAAAACCGUCUGCGUCAAGGUUUUGCGCUUCGUCGAAUCCGCCGAGGGGGAGCUCGCGCUGACCAUGCGCGUGUAUCGCACGAUGCGAGAGGGUAAGAUCGGCCUCGGCACGGACGGCGUGAUCGUGAACUUGAUCGUGCGCGCCGCGGUCAGGGCGAAAGCGUUCGAGGUGGCGAGGGACUGGCUGAAAAAGUUUGCCGACGCCGCCGUCCCCGUUCACUUGAAAAACUACGUCGCGGUGAUGCAGCCGGCGAUAGAUCUCGGGCUGGCGACGUUCGUGAUCGACAUGCACGACACCAUGACGUGCAAGCCGCCGAACAACGCGUUCUCGCUCUUGUCCAAGGCGAUGGCGCAUCUGUAUCUGGACGAGCCCGACGCCGCGGCGAGAGCGUUCGAAGCCGCCGUCGAGGGCGCGAUCGCGAUGGAGCGGAGGGAGACGGAACGCGCGGGCGGAGGCGGCGGCGGCGACGACGCGACCGACGACGUCGACCCGCACAGAGCCGGGCACGUCCCCGUCAGAACCAGCUUCGCGAGGAUUCUCGAGGCGUGGCCCAGGGCGCUCUGA